AUGGUGGCCACCACGCCGUCUCCACUACACUUGGCUUCUCUGUACAGCUUGAGACCGGAGGAGGUGUACACAAGGCCCAGCAACCUACCUCGUAUCAACCAAAAAACGACCGCGGCUGGAUUGGUGGAAAUUAGCACGGAUUUGCCGGCGGCUACGGUAGCCGGCAGUAGCUACGGGACAAGCCUAUCGACGGGUGGAGUCAGUACGAGCACCGUAGCGGCAAGCACCGUAACAUCCAGCCCGUUUACCGUAUACUCGGCCACGCCCACCCCGCUUACGACUACGACGGACUACACACUACAAACGCUAACCCCAGCCGUUACGCAAAGUGGAGAGGCCAUCGGCAGAUUGACAGCCCUCCAACUUGAUGAGACAAGGAGGAAAAUUAUGAAAUUCAUGAAGAAU